AUGUUACGAACCAGUAACACAAAGUCAUCGAUCAGCUCGAAGUGCGAUUAUCAGACUAGUUUAUCAAGCAAAAGUAAUUCAUCAACAUCGAAUAAAAUAUUCGAACAACAACAACAACAUAAUAAUAAUAAAAUGGCUAAAGAUAUACGUAAUCGUAAUGUAAAUGGUACAUCAUCUAAUUUCUUCUCAUCACAAAAUUCUUCAAUGACAACUAAAAAACUUGUAAUAAAAAACUUAAAAAGUUCAAUUCUUACACCACCAGCAGAUUAUUUUGAUAAAAUUUGGCCUUUACUCAAACAAGCGCUUGAAGCCAUUCUGAAUGGUAGAAAUAGUCCAACGAAUGAAGAACAACUUUAUCGUCAUAUUGAUCAUCUAUGUACAACUACAUCAACUAAUGAAGCAAUUAAUUCUCAACCUAGUCUUCUUUAUGAGAACUUAAAAGGAGUGCUUGAUGAUCAUAUACAAACUCUAUUACCUACUUUACUUAGUGAUAUAAAUGACAGUAAUGGUUAUCUCCGAGUACUUAAUUCUAUUUGGAAUGAUCAUCUUGUACGAUCGAUUCUUAUUCGGCAAUUAUUUAUUGUACUUGAUCGAACUUAUGUUUUACACGCAGCUGUACCUAAUAUAUGGGAACUUAAUCAAGACUUAUUUCGUCGCUAUAUAAUGCAAAAUUCAAUCAUAUCAAACAGAUGCGUUAAUGGUCUCCUAAAAUUAAUCGAACAAGAAAGACGAGGUGAAACUAUAGAUAGAACUCUAAUGAAGAAUCUUAUUCGCAUGUUAAUCGAUCUUCAUCUUUACAAAAAAGAUUUUGAACCCUUAUUUUUGCAAUCAACUGAAGAACUCUAUCACAAUGAAGGUCGUACAUUAAUUCAAACCUUAGAGCUAAGUCAAUAUCUUUCACAUGUUGAACGGCGUCUGCACGAAGAACAAUUACGAAUUAAAAAUUAUAUUGAUCAAUCAACCAAACUGCAAUUAAUUCAUAUUGUUGAAAAUAAUUUGAUAGCAAAUCAUAUUAAACAAAUGCUUUCAAAAUCUUUCGAUACGCUUAUUGAUGAAAAUCGUUUAUCAUCAGUUGCUGUAAUGUAUGAUCUAUUCCUUCGAACAGGUCCACUUGGUAUCAAUGAUCUUCGAGAAGCAUUUGGAAAUUAUAUUAAAGUUCAUGGUCGUGUAUUAGUGAUUGAUGUUGAUAAAGAUGAUAAAAUGGUUGACGAACUACUUGAAUUUAAAGAAAAACUGGAUCACUUUGUUCAUGAAUGCUUUCAUAGCAAUGAAAAAUUUGGAAAUAUCCUGAAAGAUUCAUUUGAAUUUUUUAUAAAUCAACGUUCAAAUAAACCAGCUGAAUUAAUUGCGAAAGCAGUUGAUGCAAGACUACGUACAGGAAACAAAGAAGCAACAGAAGAAGAAUUAGAGAAAAUACUUGAUAAAUUGCUCAUUCUAUUUCGUUUUAUUCAUGGAAAAGAUGUAUUUGAAGCAUUUUAUAAAAAAGAUUUAGCUAAACGUUUGUUAGUUGGGAAAAGUGCAUCAGUUGAUGCAGAAAAAUCCAUGUUACUUAAACUUAAACAAGAAUGUGGCAAUAUAUUUACGAGCAAACUUGAAGGAAUGUUUAAAGAUAUUGAAUUAUCAAAAGACAUUAUGACGGCAUUUGAACAGUACUUGCAUGGCCAUAAAGCACCUGAAAAUAUUGGUAUGUCUGUGUGUGUUUUAACUAUGGGAUUUUGGCCAACAUAUCCAACAGUUACUGCUAUUCUACCGCCAGAAUUUUGUCGAUUACAAGAAAUUUUUACAACUUUCUAUUUAAGUAAACAUACUGGACGUAAACUUCAAUGGCAAUACACACUCGAUCAUUGUUUACUGAAAGGAUGGCUUAAACAAAAGGCAGUAAAAGAAUUUCAUGUCUCGCUUUAUCAAGCACUUGUUCUUCUUCUUUUUAAUCAACAAAACGAUGUUACUUAUAAAGAUAUUCAUGAACAAACUAAAAUUGUGGAACCUGAAUUAAAACGAACAUUACAAUCAUUAGCAUGUGGAAAAAUUCGUCUAUUAAAUAAAAAACCAAUGAGUAAAGAUGUUAAUUCAGAUGAUCUAUUUUCAUUAAAUACUUCAUUCGAACAUAAAUUAAUUCGCAUAAAAAUCAAUCAAGUUCAAUUAAAAGAAACGCCUGAAGAGAACAGUUCAACAACUGAACGUGUUGUUCAAGAUCGUCAUUGUCAAAUAGAUGCAGCUAUUGUUCGCAUAAUGAAAACACGUAAAACAUUAUCACAUGCGCAACUCAUGGCCGAAGUUUUUUCACAAUUAAAGUUUCCUCUAUCAACAUCAGUAGUUAAAAUUCGUAUUGAAAGUUUAAUUGAACGUGAAUAUAUGAAACGAUCUGCAGAAAGUGCAAAUGUAUACGAAUACGUUGCUUAA